AGGAGGCUGUAAGUGCUCCAUAUUGUAUAAACGACUUCUUAAACAAACAUUUAGUCUAACCUUUCGCCUUGCCGGCCUUGGUUCGCAUGCCUCAACUGCGUAUUAGCGCAAUCGACCGCAGCAGCAGAUGUGUCUCUCGUGCCGAGAGGCAUGGCCACCUUGACGCGACCGCGGGCCGUGAGGUUGUCUAUUGCCACGCCUGCGUUGCUGAAUGGUAUCGAGACGAGAAUGGACUAACAUGCCCCGAAUGCCAUGGCGAGAUUACAGAGAUUAUUGAUCCUGCAAACGAUCCCCGCGACUUCGAUCACCACUCCUCUGCCUCCGCUUCACCCGAGCAUCACCCAUACGAUUCAGAUCCUGAAGAAGUCGACAUAGAUGAGCAUACCCAGCAUGGAUUUGCCUUCAGACGGAGCGUCCGAGACAGUCCCGCUAUUGCACCGACUUUUGAGCGCUUCUUUGAUAUGCUUAACGGAUUUGGACCUCGCGCGCCUGGUAGAAACGGAUCUUUCCCAUCGAGCCCCGGAGAACGUGAACAACCCCCAGAACCAAACUUUGGACCACGCAUUUACCGGACAAUUUUUACGUCGGGAACGCUUGGAGGUGGAACGACUUCUGUGACAAUAGUUUCUGGACCUAUCCAUGCAACACGAAGCGGUCCUGCUGGCCCCCCAGGAGGCGAGACAUUUCAAGAUUUCUUUCAGAACAUAUUACGAGAUAUUGGACCACCACCCGGUCAUAACCAGGGAGGCGAAGAAGGUGCUGGGGGCUCUCCAUCUGGCCUGGCUCGAAGUCUACAGGAUACUUUGAACCUUCUCAACCCGGCAAAUGCCAUGUAUGGUGAUGCAUUGUACUCCCAGGAGGCCCUGGAUCGGAUCAUCACUGGACUCAUGGAGGCCAACCCCCAGUCCAACGCCGCCCCUCCAGCUACAGAGGAAGCCCUUAGAAAUCUGGAACGAAAACCAGUCGAUAAACAAAUGUUGGGCUCGGGGGGCAAGGCAGAGUGUACGAUUUGUAUUGAUGAAAUGAAGGAGGGAGACAUGGCCACAUUUUUACCUUGCAACCAUUGGUUCCAUGAGGAGUGCGUUACUCUCUGGCUGAAGGAGCACAACACAUGCCCCAUCUGCCGAACGUCGAUCGAAAAGAACAAUCGCAGUGGUAACAGUAGUGGCAAUGGCAGUAACAAUAGCGGUGACAGCAACCAAACUCAAGGCUCAAACUCUGGGUCUAGCUCUAACCAACCUGGUUCGUCCACGUUCAAUCCUAAUUAGUGGGGAGCAUUUGCCACCGCUCCUUCUUCACGUUUAGGCCUGCGAUACUCCCGACCUCCAAACCAGCGCCUGAGUCCCCUAAUUGAGGCUUUGCGGAACACCUCGAAUCAGCAACAAGAGAGAGAA